AUGACCGAUCCUGCCUCUGCUCGACGACGGAACAAGGGACUCGCCGUGUCCUUCGCCGACACUGAACCUCCAUCUGUCACUUCAUCUUCAUCUGCAAACACCACUCCGUCCAACUCUCCUUCACUCCGAGCCAACGACGACGUCCGCGGUCGCUCCUUGCGCACCUACGCACGGCGUAAACAUCACCAACCGCGCACUUCCGCGACGUCGACUGCGAGCGAUAUCGACUCCAACCGCAGACCCGCAGGCGCCGAGGCCUCUGCCACCGUCAUGGAGUCCGUCGCAGGUCCAUCAGAUGAGAAGCGAUGGAGUGUGCCGUAUGAUGCGUCUGACGGCGAGGAGGUCCAGGUGCACAUCCACACGCCGGCGCGCAGACACGGACGAGGCUCGCCGUCGCCGUCUCGACGAGAUCUGCCCCGCCUGGACUUCUCGCGCACCAAUACACCACUCCGCGCCAAGGCAUUCGCGUCAACGCCACUGAAGAGCGCGCUUGCCUCGAGCACCUCUUCGUCUUCAACAGCGUCCCCUUCCGCCCGUGACAGCUUCCACCACCGCGAUACUUUGUACGCCGAGGACGACAGCCCAGGCAAGAUGGACCGACCAGGGCGGCAAAUCAGUCUGAACGGAUUAGACUUUUUCGACGCUGCGGAACUGGAGAAGGUUGCAAACAUCGAUGCGACCGAGGGGCUUGAAACACUGGCCGAGGCGGAGGAGCCGCCAAACGCCGUCGACAUUCUGCGCCCGGCCGACAUGAACCGGAGCGCGGCGCCCGCGAUGGGAACACCGCCGUCACAACCGUACCGCCCGCGAUCGUUCGUCCGUGGAUUACCACGGAGUGGCAGCGAGAGUAGCUUCGUAUCCGCCCUCAGCGUCAAGGGUGUGCUGUGCCGCGCUGAGGCGUCGUACACGGACGUCCUGGAUGCCUACACUGCCGAUACCGAGGGCGAAGACGAGAGCGUGCUUGGGGGUGACGUCGGGUAUGAGUCGCAGGGUGACGCGGACGCCGUCGACCUCACGUUAGACUUUGCACACGCUUCCUCGUCCUCAUCGUCCCCGCCUACGACUGUGCCGAGUGUGCCGGGGACGCCAGUGCAGGAGCUGAAUGAGAUCUCGGAUUCGGACGACUGGGUGCCACAAGCGCCACGAUCGGUCCGAAGACGCCGAAUUAUGGAUUCAGACGACGAGGCGCCGCUACCUGAGCCCAAGACGAUUUCGCAGAUGCUCAUCCUCAGCGACGGCGACUCACCCCUUCACACACGAACGCGGUUACGAACGCCCGAGGUUGCGCAACGCCGGAACCGUCUGAUGGGAACACCGGCGGCGCUGCAGAAGCUGUUGGACCUGGACGCGAGCGAUGGCGAGGAAGACUCGUUCGAGACGGCGCCACCUGGCGACGACACGUACGGCUCACUAAAGGACUUUAUCGUGGACGACGACGAUGUCAGCGACUAUGGCGAGAACGAGUGCAUUGACCUCCGACCGGGAUCACGGGGCUCGCCGAUCGAGCUGAUGGAUUCGGACGAGGACGACGAUGAUAACGCGGGGAUCAUCAGCUACUCGCCGACACCUGGGCCGUUGGCGCUGCCCGACAUCGGUGAGCUGAACCUGGACGACAGCGACGAUGAGGCGGUCCUUGCUCCACGGAAACAGAUCGUACCUCCGCCACGGGCUAGUUCGACGCAAUGGUCGAAGAAGGAGUGGACGUCACGGCGAGAAGUCAUCGCCAACCAGCUCUUUGCCGAACUCGACGCCAAGGUGUUUGACUCGCGGCUAGGUGCCAAGGGUGCCGGCGCGUAUGUCGAGUGGAACAACCGUCUCUUAACCACGGCGGGGACGGCGCACAAAUCCCGCUCCGGCUCGGGGUACACAUACAAGAUCAAGCUGAGUGACAAGGUGUGCACGGGCGAGGCGCAGAUCGCCUCUACGCUCGCGCACGAGAUGUGCCACCUUGCUUGCUGGAUCAUCAGCAACGAGCACAAGUCGCCACACGGCCGCGUCUUCAAAUCCUGGGGCGCCAAAGUCAUGCGCUAUCGCCCCGACAUCGAGGUGACAACGCGGCACUCGUACGAGAUUGAGUACAAGUUUGAGUGGGAGUGCAGCAACGCUGUCUGUGGCAAAGUCUACAGGCGGCACAGCAAGAGCAUCGACCCGACUCGCCAGGUCUGCGGCAGCUGUAAGGGCCGCCUCGUCCCGCGGUUCCAGACGACGACGUCGCCCUUCCAGGUGUACCUCAAGAACAACAUGGCACUGGCCAAGAGCGCACUCCCCGGCGCAUCGCACGGAGACGUCAUGCGUGCGUUGUCGAAGCGUUGGGCCGAUGCGGCCGGCGCAAGCGAGGAGGAGCACGUGCAGUACUGGCGCUACGCGGCAAGUGCCGCGGGCACUAGCGGAGUGAGCGGAGCAGCCGGCGUGACAGUCCGAGCAUAG